ACACUGUGGAGCAGCGAUCAAGCGACAUUUUGAUUAUUUUUUCCAUGUAUUGCCAUGCCAUUGUAAAGUACCUUUAUCUAUUUGUUUCACAUCGUACGUAAUUAUUCGCGGGUGUCGUGGCCAAAAAGCGUUGCAGUAUAGUUAAAAAUGAUUAUUUAGGACGUAAACUCCUAUGUGACGCUAAGAUUCAAUCGUUUACGUGGGCAAAUUUCUAUUUGUAUCGGGUUUUCAGUAGUUGCGAUGUUUCAUUGUGUGGACGCAUAGGCCUGAAAGUUGUGUACAGUUAGUCGCGAAUAGGGCGUCGGCGUGUCUUUAGUGGCAGUGGUGUUCACGGAGAGAGAUGGCGAUGCCUGAACAGUUUUCACUGCGAUGGAACGACUUCCACUCAAAUCUAUCACAGUCGUUCCACGCACUUUUAGAAGGCGAAGAUCUGGUGGAUGUGACGCUGGCCGCUGGUGGCCAAUACGUUCACGCACACAAACUCAUCCUCUCAGUCUGCAGUCCAUACUUCAAAGAGCUUUUCAAGAUGAAUCCAUGUGACCACCCUAUAGUUAUUCUGAAGGAUGUGGCUCACCAAGAGCUCAGGCAACUUCUUCAAUUCAUGUAUCGUGGUGAAGUGCAUGUUCGUCAACAAGAACUGUCAGGGUUCUUGCACAGUGCUGAGCUCCUACAAGUCAAGGGCUUAACUGGUGGUCAUGAGCGAAGUGAAUCUCCGCCACCAGUGUUGGAAGAUACUCCAAAAUCAAAACCAGUUAUGCCAGAGCCAUCUAGUGAUAGUCAACAAGAGUGGGUACCUGGUGGAGAGGACACCAUUGCCACAGAAACACCUGCUGAACCCAAUGUCGCAAAUACGAAAGAAGAAGCAGCCAGAAGCCCACUGAAACGGUCUGUAUUGUUGAAAAACACCCCAAAUAAGAACAGCUACAAUGUUAAAAAGAAGCCACGACCCGCUACUAAUGACAGCCCUACUCAUGCUGAAAACUCUGACUUCUCAUACGACAAUGAACCGCUAAUUGACUUCGACAACGAUCUAUUUCAUAGUGUGAUGGUAUUGCCAGAGUCUGCUAGUGAAUCAGGUUGGAACACCAAAUCGGGCGGAGUGAAGUUGCGCGGCGUGAAGUGUCCGUCUUGCCACCGGUUCUUUGCGAAUCGCUAUAACCUGAAAGUACACAUUAGGGAUAAGCACGACACAAGGGAAGGGACGCUUCAAUGUGACAUUUGUCAGAAACGUAUGCGGAAUCCGUCGUGCCUGCGAGUCCAUAUGUAUCACCACCGUAAACAGGCGGCGUAUCUUGCGCAACUCAGCAACCAAGGCGAUCAGAUGAAACAUGUGGUGCAGAAUAUGGUGAAAUGGCGCAGUGAGGGAUUGAUGGGCAAUGCUGAUAUGAAAGAUGCUGACAAAGUUCCCAACAUGGCAAUAUGGCGUACCGAAGGUUCGAUCGGCAACAUGGAUUUCAAGGACAUUGACAAGUAUGUAUUUUCGCUAUUAUUAUACGCAUUUGGUGAUUUAGCGAUCUGUAUUUUUGAUUAAUGUUUAGCGAUAUAAGAAUGCUCAGCGUCUUCGUGUGUCUAAAGUUUGCCAUGCGAAUUUUAGGUGUCAAUUUAUGCUUUUAUUUUUACUUCAAUUAUUUUGAAUAACUCGUGAUAUUCUCUGGUUCUUAGUUUUUCAAUCCAUGUAGCCUGUCACUUACGACAGCGUUUAGGAGUAUCUCCAAAAAUAUUAAUGAUUAACCAGCUUAAGGGAAUAAUGUCCAAAAUGUCUAUUAGCACAAAAUUGUGACUGAGUUGCGGUUGUCAGACAAUAAACAUGAUAAUUAUGCUAUUACAUGCGGAUUCUAGUUAUAAGCUGUCUUUUAAAAGAUACCAAGCGAAUCGACUUAAGAUUAUGCAAUAUGUGCUGCGAAUAUUGUAAUUUCCAUGACUAUUAUCUUUAUAUGUAGCGUUCAAAGCGGAGGGCAUCCUAUAUUGUUUAAAUAUAAUAUAAUAGUAUUUAUAAACAAAGAUAUGGUAUCUUCUUUCCCGCACUGGUCGAGACAGAAGAGCACAAAUGUACAGCUCGGAAAUCUUUACUUGCUAACUUCAUAGAGUAGAUAGUUAAAGUCGAUCGACAGAGGAGGCACUUGUGGAAACUUGUGGAACAACUAUUGUUACCAGACAGGCUGAAGGUGACUUUAUCAUAGUUUGGCUAUCGCGAACCGGUUUUUGUAUAGCAAAUCAGUUUAAUAGAUUUCAGGUCAGGUUCUUUGUCGUCUUGCCAUGCAUGUACUCUGCAAGACAAAAUGUAGAGUCAUAUACUUAAAAGGUUUGUACGAGCGCAUUUUCAGAACGCGUUCAAUCCAGUGGUUAGUGUUUCUAACUAUACGAGUCUCGAUUUGUAUUACCAAUUUAAAUCUAACGCUAUAACGCUUAGAGCACAAAUAAUAAAGUAACUCGAUUAUUCUAAAAAAAAAUCUCCGAAGCGCUUCUGCAAACAUUACAUUACCAAUCGGUGCCAUUGGUUUUAUUUCUCUAACGUGUGAUAAAAGUGCUGAUACGAACGUGUCUUAAGAUCCGUUUAUUUUUACGCUACGUAAUUUAACCGUGCUAAGCAACUUUAUUUUAUUUACUGCACUCAUUUUCACUUUGGCAUUGCGAGAUAAGUUCAUUUUUUUAUGUAAUUAUAGUAAAUGUAUAAUAUUUACCUUGUAUUGAAUUGCUUAGAUAUUUUUUGAAUUUCUUUAAAAUAACAACUAUUGCUAAGAAAUGAAUCCAGAAUAAACUUACUUUAUAUUGGAGAUUGAUAAAUUGAAACUGACUGUGACGUACGUACGUACUGUGUUCGCGGAAAUGAGUCAGUGGAGCGCUUUCUUUAUUACACAAACCUUACCACCAUCGAGCACCGCCGAGCCGAUACCAAACUUGGACGAUUUGCAUCGCCCCGAUUCACCGCUCAGCAAACAUGAAGCGGAACCGCCGACCGUAUGAUUAACGACCAACAUUGUGUGCGCGCGCCCCGAUCUAGCGGACCCCACGCACCUCUUCAGGAUGUUCACGCAGCAGUGCUAUUGGAAGAAGGGCGUCUUCAAAACCAAAUACCAUAAAAUGUGAACGUUACGCCACUCUAAACACGACAAUCAUACUACGUACUCAUAAUAAGGGGCGACAAAUAAACAGCACUCAUGCAAUCAUACUAUUCCUUAUAGGGAGUGACAAAAAACGGCACUCUACAUACUUCAUCAUAUUACUCAUAAUACGCCAUAUGUACGGGGUGACAAAAAAACGGCACUCUACAUACUUCAAUCAUAUUACUCAUAAUACGCGAUGUGUACGGGGUGACAAAAAAACGGCACACUACAUACUUUAAUUAUACUACUCAUAAUACGCGAUGUGUACGGGGUGACAAAAAAACGGCACUCUACAUACUUCAAUCAUAUUACUCAUAAUACGCGAUGUGUACGGGUUGACAAAAAAACGGCACUCUACAUACUUUAAUUAUACUACUCAUAAUACGCGAUGUGUACGGGGUGACGAAAAAACGGCACUCCACAUACUUCAAUCAUACUACUUAUAAUACAUGAUGUAUACGGGGUGACAAAAAACGUCACUCUACAUACUUCAAUCAUACUACUCAUAAUACGCGAUGUACCUAUAUAGGGUGUCAAAAAUAAACUAGAAAAUAAAACAAACACUUAUACAAGAAGAAACGACUUGAGACGACGACGUAUACCUUAGACGACGAAGCCUGCGCAGUAGCAAUUUUACAUACAAAUAGUCUACUGCGCAAGUUUGUUAGUGGAUGGUUUGUCUCAAGAAGUUUGUAAGACAAGUUGAAUUCUUUCUAUUCAUUUCAAGGAAAACGCUAACCUAAACCUCCUUAUUACAAAAUGUUGACUACAGUUAUAACCUGUUGAAAGAUGACACUGUCACGCUUGUUUACUAAAAAGAAGACAAAGGCAGUGAUUUCGUUUUUUGUAUAUUGUUUUAAACAAAAAAUAGUUUUUUGUGUUUGUACAAAACAUAGCCUAUUUUAUAGCUCAUUUUCGAACUUUUACAAGUUCAAAAAUAAGCUAUAAACAAUGAAGUCGUAAUUUAUUAUGUGUAUCAAUCAUUUUGAUUAUUUUUUUGGAACUGAAAAACUUAUGACAUUUGUGAUUAUAAAGUUUAUUGCUUUCUUUUGAACUGAAUAGAAAGAUGACUUUUUGGCUUUUCUUUAUGGCACCAUGUACAUGGCGAAAUUCAUAAACCUUGCUCUAAUUCACAGAGUGCUGUCGACCAUAUUACUCGUAAGUACGUAUACGUAUUAGUUUAUAUACAUUAUACUCUGUAUCCCUAGGUACGUACGGUGUAGACUUAUAUCUUAGUUUCAAUCGUUAGCAGGAUAAAAUAAUAAGAAUGGCAGGUUUAGAAUCGGAUGUAACGGCCCAAGGUUAUCGUCAGUAUUUAUACGGUGCUCUUGAUCGAUUUUAAAUGUUAUUUUUGAGAAUUUUUAUUGCGGUUUUGAAGCGCAGUUUAAGAUGAUGACCCGAUAUCGAUAUACAAGUAAAGAGGGCAUCUAAAUGUAUUUAAGGAAAAAAAUCAAAUUCGUCUUUAAAACAUGAGAUUAUCGGAGUACACUCCGAAAUUUAGUUUAGCGUUAAAGUGAUUUGAUAUUUUUAAGAGGUCCUACCUCUAUUUGCACUGUUGCGUCGAACAGACGUUUGCACAUUCCACCACACAAUUUCCAAAGACUGAAGCAUCCGUAGGAAAAUAUAUAAGUAAAUAAUAGACUCGAGUUUGCAGUAUGUUAAUUUAUAUUGUGUAUCUUAAUUCAUACAAACAGGGUGUGUAACAUUAAAGAGGUACAAUAAAUGGUGUCACUUGUGCACGGGGUGCCAUGUGAACGAUUGCAUAGCUUUGUAAAUAUGCAUUAAAUAUGGUUGAGCUGAUGGAACUUUCGUCGUUUCAUUGGUUGUCGGUCGUUUCGUAUCUUGGUGAAGCGACAAUGGUGUCGCACGCAUAUUAUUAUACCUAUUGAUUGAUUGAAGUAGUCGAUUAGUGGACUGAACACGUUGUGUUUCGGCUACAUGUGUAGCAGUGAACUGGUCGAAUUAAAUGUUUUUACAAAGACACACCGUUUGAUAGGUUAAAACGGUUUGCAACAUCGAAUACUUAAUUGUGUCACAUAAAUUAUUUAUUUUUGAUUAUCUAUCUGACUAAAUAGAAUUUCGUUUAAUUUACCCCGGCACCAUACCUAUUCCCAUUUUUUUGAUGAUAUUUUACACUACUAUUUAUAAAUUUUAGAAAGUUAUAUAAAUGGUUUCCUUCUUGCUGGAAUUGGACUCUUUAGUAUUUUGUGUGGCUAAUUUGCUAUCAGAAUAGUGUCAAAGUUACCUUUAUUAGUUAAACCAAUGGUCAAAUUUCACGCGUAAGAAAAUGCGUAACUUUAAUAACAAAAUACUGUUGAGGAAAUUGAAUAAACGGUUUAUUAUUAAAAAAAAUAAGAUAACUUCAUAUGUCCUUUGCUAGGUUCUGCUGACGACUUCAUCUGCAUGGACUUAAAAGAUUUUAAUUAUUGACAGUUCUUAUACCUCAAUGUGCAAAUUAUUAAAACUUAUUAAUUCACUAUGUGCAUAAAUUAAUAAAAUACAAACAAUACCUUUCGCAUUUAUAUAAUAGCAAUGGGAUGAAAGCCUCUUUACAAUAAUUUAUAAGGCCUUGAAGCGAUAACUAGUAUAAACAAUAUUGAGAUAUUAAUAUUUAUGUUACUUUUUAGGAAGACAUUUGGGUUUUAGUUAAAUUCUUAACGUUGUAUAUUCUUCGACGAUAUCGACUUUUAUUUAAAAAAAAAAUGUAAAUCAAGUUUGCCCUUAUGUGCACACCCCAAUUUUAAACAAGAAACUAUUAAAGCCCAUUUCCAUAUGCGCUGUUAAACCGCCUUUAUACAAUCCACACAUAUCUCACAAAUUUAAUUAUACUGUAUCCAAGUUAGACACGUCAUGAAGUUUUAAUCACGUUUUGUGAUCAAACCAGAUAUGAACAUUGUUAACAUUUUAUAUUAUUUUGUACGUUUUUCCCUAAUAAUUUUGUGUAUCCUUUCGUAUACUCUACAGUUCAUCAGAUUAACAAUGAAGUCGGUUAAAAAGUACCUGACUUUUCACUGCAUUAUACUCUUUAAUGAAGCGUGAAACGGCUCAUUAAAUAUUGCAUUGAACAAAUCCGGAGAAUCUUGUUCUUAAUUUUUUAAUUUCGUCAAAAUAACAAAAUCGUAGUCGUGUUAUCUAGGGUUUUAUUUACUUUACAUUUAUGAUAUCAUAUUAUCUGAUGAAUAAAAUCAAAUUUACAGCAAGUGUUAUUAAUAAUAACUUUAAAAUCUCACGAUGUGUCACAGGUAUAUCACAAAUACGAAAGUACAAUUAUUAUUUUAUGUAGGCAGCUAGAUCGAACAAGAGGUAGUUUUUAUUAUUUUAAGUUAUGUGUUGCCAUUCAUUACAAAGUGUACAGAUAAGAAAAAUAUUAUAUUUUUACGUCCGAGCUGAUUGUAGAAUAGCUCGGCUCUGCGCACCAUCGACAAACAUAACCUUACAGUACAAAAUACGAUAUUUGUGUAUAAUAAAAUAAUCAUUUAUAUGAAUGUAUGCUUUACUUAGUUUUAAGUUCUUAUUACAUUAACAUUAGGUCACGUUUAGUUAAGAACAGAACAAUUUUAUACGUACAAUAUUAGUCGAUAAGCGUGUAUACAUUUUUUUUUACAAUAAUUAUAAUAAUGAUGUCGAUCAUUAAGUAAGGGUUGUUUAGGAUUAAUAAGAAUAUUAUUUACCUCAACGUUCGAAAUGACUGCUUUCUUGUAAGAUAUCGUCUUUGGUUCACCGUGUGUUUAUGUCGAAGUAUAUAAUUUUAAAAAAGUCCUACAUAAUAAAUUUUACGUUAUUUUAAUGAUGAAUAUGUGACGGGCACUAGAUAAUACAACAUUAGUGACGUUCAGGCGAGCGUCGUGCUAGUUUCGAAUGAUUAGGCAGGUGUCGACCAAGUUGUGAGUUUCGAGCUUGGAAAAUAAGCUUUAAUGUAUGGAGACACAUCCCAUCGUAAUGAAGUCGGAAAUAAUUUGUAGUCAUUAGCUCUCUUCGUGGUGAACCUGUGGACGCGGGCAAUAGAAGAGAAAUUAUAUCGUAGGCCGGUGCACCCAGCGAGUUAUGUGUACAUUCAGAGACCAAAAGAACGUCUAUAAAAUUAUGUUGUAAUUUUUCUUAGUCUAAAAGACGUCUACGGGGUUUUGUAUUUGUAUAUUUUGCAUCUCGUUCUGUGGUCACCGAGGCCCGAUGGUGGUUAUAGUUUUUAUUUUAUUUUUAAAAUAUAUUAAACGUACACGUCCGAUUUUUGAUGUAUUUUUUACGGUUUGGGUAAUCUAACCAUUAUGUUUAAGGGGUAAUAGAACUAACAACUUCUUUAUAUGUAAGAAUAUUAUCUACAUUCCACUAAGUAUAAGUAUGUGUAAUCAACCUGAUAUUAUGGUAGUUUUUAUAAACAAAGUUUUUUUUUAAUUUAAGAUACAUGUAGUGAUUUCAGUUUAAUUGAAGAAAACAAUGAUAUUAAAAGGAGAUUAUUUUAAAAUCUUAAGUAACAUUCCAUGAUUUGGUAGCUGUAUAAUAUACGAGUAUAUAGGUUUAGCAUUUAUAAUAUUUUUUACCAAAUUUUUUUUAUACCAAUGCUCUUUACAUUAUAGUAAAGUUAUAUAACGUGAUCAAGACGCACCUGUUUUGUGAAAUGCAACAUCGUGAAUGCAUCCGUACAUUAAUAUUUUUAUAUACCAUUGCUUAUGUGUGCGUUCAGGAUGUUGUAAUUUCGUAAGUUAUAAAUAAUAUGUUUUUAAUACUCAAAAUGUGUGGCAAAUAGGUUAUGUCCUCGCAUAUCUGUUUGCAAAUGUAUUUUCUGGACUGGUGGAGUUUAGAUGAUCCUUUCAGUUGAUGUUGUCAUUCAUUAAACAUACAAAUGUAUGUAUAUGACCAAUCACAAUUUUUUCAAGGUCUUUACGUAGUUUACUGGUGUCGAUUGUCUGAACUCUCGUGUUAUUCCUUUAAUUCAGCUAUGCAAUGUUUAUGUAAUCUCACAAAUGAUAUUAUUGAAGAAUCAAUUGUACAAGGCUUAUAAUGCGGGUUUACAAUUUCCCUCGGUUAAUACUCCUUAUUUCAAACACAUUCCAAGUUUAAAAUCUAAACAUUCCAUACGUUAUAUUUAAUUAUUCUUAGAAGUUUGUGCUCAAAUAUAAAAUGUCUAUUUAUACAUUAAUAUUAUGAUCUGUAUGUCCAUGACAUUUCUAGUGUAGCUCUCAUAGUAUCUAAGUUAUACCCAGCCCGCCUUACAAUUUUAGUAUAUUGUUGUCUCCAACUUCACAUGAUGUUGGAAAAUUGAAGCAAUAAAAUUUUUGUGUGUAUCCCACCCAAAAACGAAGUCAUGUGGAGUUGAAAAUUUACAGUCAACAGGUCGUGGUUGUCAUUAUGUAUCCUUCGCCAUAAUAACGAUAUAUAAUCUAGUUUAUAUACUCUAAUAAUAUUGUGUACCUUUAAAGGGAUAAUCUUUAUGUAUCUUAAUGUAAGUCUUCAGUUUUCUCGUUCCACAUGCCACAAUGUAAAUGUACUUUACAUUGGUUCUAUGGAAAGCAAUAUCUUUCGAAGCAACAUAGGGACUAUAUAGUUUCGUGAUAUUUUGUCGUCGUAUUGUGGAUUUGUAAGCGAUUUUGAAAUAGCUUCGUUAUCGAUGUUGGAAACGUGAUACGUUUGAUUAAAUAUAACAAAGACAAUAAAUUGUCUACGAUUGGCCAGUAUUUAUCAAGACUUUUGAUAGUUCAGUAUGCAGUGAUAUUGUUCGUCCCUUUUGAGAUAGAAUCUCAGAAAACAAGGCUGCUUUUUAAAGAAAUAAAUUGUAGUUUUAAAAACUUUUAAGCAAUCAGGUGUUGUGGUAUAUAUUAUAUGAACUGAUGUGAAAUUUGGGUUGUGUACCUAAUUGUUCUAUAAUAAAAAAAAACGUUUUUUUUUGUGUAUUCUAAACAGUCACAUUUGGUGGGACGUUUGUAUUUUCUUAAUAAUGUAUGUGUAUGUAAAUUAUAUUAAUUAAAACAAUUUGAUGGAUGUAACAAUAAUUUAGUACAAAAUUUACUUACCUACCUUUACAUUUCGAAAAACUACAUAAAUCGCAGAAAUAUAUUUAUAUUUGCCAUGCAAUAGUCGACUUAACUGUUAAUAGGUAGAGGUUCAAUUUGUGAAAAUUUAUUAAGAUAAUGAGACAAUUCAAAUUAUUGGAAGAAUUAUAACUCCAUUGAGAUGUUUUUAAAGGUGGCAUCCCAACAUCAAUUUAUAGUAACUAUUUGUGGUAAAUGCAUAUUGAUAUUUUCUGUUUAUAGAAAAGAUAUGAGUCACAUGACCUUAUUUAAUAUAAAAGCGACGAGAGUGAUAUAAAAUUUCUGGUGGUCAUUUGUAAACGUCAAUUCUGAAUUGAAUCAAAUUAAAAGUACUGCCGCUUAGAAGUCCCCGUCCACUUAUUUAUGUAGGUAUACUAAAACAGUUUUAGGAUGAUGGCGAUAGUAAAAUUCAUUUGACAACGAAUUAUAAUUGGUAGCAAUGUAAUGCUCUCUACUUUGUGAUUCUUUUUAUUUUACAAAUAAUGUUGUGUAUUUUUUUGUUUCUAUCUCAUUUAAUUAAUCGUAGAUGUCCUAGCAUGGUUGUUCAGCGUAUAUUGUGAUCCAACAAUUUUUAGUAUUGAGUUAGAAAGAAGAUUUUCACUUUUUUGGUUUUUUCAUAAGGAAAAACCAGAGCUGAUUUUGUAGACAAUGUGACAGUUUUAUUGAAAUAUUUGCUUGAUUCUAUUUUACACGCUUUUAUCAUUAUAACAACUUCCUGUCUGUAUAUUGUGUUUAUGGAAGCAUAGUAUAAUAACAUGGAUAUUUACUUUUUUGAUAUACAUAUUUAUGUAUGCGACAAUGUAUCUCGAAAUCUCUAAGUGCUCUCAACUUAUACUCAAAAUCUUUUAUACUUUAUACUAGCAUUACAUAAAGUAAUAAUAAAUUAUAAUUUUG